AUGGCCAUAUCUGACCUGAUCCAAGCAAUACAAGAUGUGGCAUGGCCUGAAUUUCUUCAACCGCAUGUGGAAGUGCUUCUACUAUGGAUAACGUGGGCAGUCGAUUACAUUGAUUUGGAUUACUUGGAGUACCUUCUAUGGCUCUUUCUGCCGAUCAUCAUCGUCUUCGUUGUACCAGCGUUUCUGGUGAUAUUUAUUUACGGUUGCGUAAUUUUUCUGCACGUUUAUGGAUUUCGCCACCAAAUUCGGGAAGCUUACAAUACUAGCUAUUGGAAUGGAGCACGUAUAGCCAUAACUUCGUUCUGGGAUGCGGUUGGACACGUUUGGCAUGGUUAUGAACUAGAUGGUAUCGAAAACGUGCCGGACGACGGGUCUGCCCUCUUCAUUUAUUACCACGGGUGUCUUCCAUUGGAUGUUUAUUACCUCAUCGCUAAACUAGUACUUCAUAAGAAACGUUCGCUUCACUGUGUCGGAGACAAGUUCAUCUUCAAAAUCCCAGGCUGGAGUGCCAUCUGUAAAGUGUUCUCGAUCACUGCCGGAACUGUUGACGAAUGUACCAAUCAGCUGCGAGAGGGCAAUCUUCUAUGUAUUGCCCCUGGAGGUGUUCGUGAAGCACUCUUCUCCGAUCCUAACGUGUACGAUAUUUUAUGGGGGAAGCGACUGGGAUUUGCAAGAGUAGUGAUAAAUUCAAGGACGUGUGUGAUCCCGAUGUUUACCGAAAAUUGUCGGGAAUCAUUCCGUACUCCAGUCUGGGGACGCAGCUUCUUCCGAUGGAUAUACGAGAAAACGAAAAUGCCGCUGUGCCCGAUCUAUGGUGGUUUCCCUGUUAAGAUGGUGACGCACUUAGGCAAACCUAUGAGAUUCGACUACGACAAUGUCACCCCAGAAGAGGUUCGCCGGCAAAUCAAACGAGAAGUACGUGCAUUGAUACGAAAGCAUCAACGUCUCCCCGGUAGCAUUCUCCGAGGCAUCGCUCAGCGAUUCCGAUCUACGAAAUCUCCGCAAAGGGACGUACUUCCAGAGCAGAUUGUGAGUUACGACUGUUGA